AUGGUUAGCGAGUUGAAGGUUAUGAAAGCUGUCGUGAUUGAAGGUGACCGUGCUGUGGUGAGUAGCUCUGUUCCUGUUCCACCAUUGGCUAAGGACAUGUUGCGUAUUAAGGUCAAGGCUGUUGCUGUCAAUCCUACUGAUUGGAAACAUGUGAGUUUCAAAAUCGGACCACAAGGAUCAAUUUUGGGCUGCGACGUCGCAGGGGAGAUUGUAGAGGUUGGUGCCGACGUGAAGAACUUUAAGGUUGGCGAGGUUGUGUAUAGUGCUGUUCACGGUGCGUCCGUGAAGCAUCCAGAAAACGGUGGCUUCGCUGAGUAUUCACUGCUGGAUCCACAGCUUACCCUUAAAGUGCCUGGCGGUGGGCAUUUGAGCGGUAAGGACUCAAUUCCGUUAGGACCGGUGCAAUCGAUCGAGGGUGCUGUCAGCCUUCCAGUGUCUUUGAUAACUGCGGGACUGGUUUUUCACUAUCAUCUCGGUCUGAAAACUGAGUGGCAGCCUCGACAAGUGCAAGUUGAAAAGCCUUUGUUAAUAUGGGGCGGUGCUACCGCCGUUGGCCAGAUGUUGAUCCAGCUGGCAAAAAAGUUGAACGGCUAUUCAAAGAUCAUUGUUGUCGCCUCUCGUAAACACGAGCAGCAAUUGAAAAGCCUCGGUGCAGAUGAGCUGUUUGAUUACCACGACGAAGACGUUGUCGAGCAGAUCAAGAGCAAGCACAAGGACUUGCCCUACUUGAUCGAUGCCGUUUCCUCUGCAGAAAGUUUCGUCAAUGUCUAUCGCUUGGGUAACACCGAUAAGCCAACCAAAUUGAUCCAAUUGACUACCAUGAGCGAAGAACAGAUCCCGGAGAAAGAGAGAAAUCCUCACGUCAAAGUGGAAGGUGCGGUUUUGUACUUAAUCACGGGACUAGACGUUCCAUUCGGUCGUUUCAAUCUUCCAGCAGAUCCUGCCUGCAGGGCGGCAGCGAUCGAGUUCGUCCGCUUCAUCGGACCUAAAGUGGCCGACGGAGAGAUUAACCACAUUCCACUCAAGGUUUUCCAUAACGGUCUGGAAGACAUCCCUGUUGCUAUGAACAAAAUUAAGAACGGCGAAAACUCCAAUGUUAAAUAUAUCGUCACUUUGCAAUGA